AUGUGUAAGGAAGCGCUGAAUACAGUAGAUGUGGCAGUCACCAACACACAGAGCUUCGUGAAGACCAUCACUCUUAAAGUCGAGCCCAGUGACACCAUCGAGACUGUCAAGGCCAAGAUCCAGGACAAGGAAGGCAUCCCACCUGACCAGCAGAGGCUGACAUUCUCUGCCAAGCAGCUGGAGGAUGGCCUCACCCUAUCCAUCUACAACAUCCAGAGAGAGUCCACCUUGCAUCUGGCACUGUCCCUGCGCAGCAGCAAGCCCAUCCUUCAUCAGCUUGUCCAGAAGUACAACUGUGACAAGAUGAUCUGCCACAAGUGCUACGCACAUCUGCAUCCCCACACAGUCAACUGCCGCAAGAAGUGCAGCCACACCAACAACUCGCCCCAAGAAGGUCAAAUAAAGCUGGGGCUAUACCUGGCUCGUGACCCCAGGACCAAAUAA